ACACUGACGCAAGACAAUAUUACGUUAUCUGUGGCACAACAGAUCCGCGCUAUCGAGAGGCAUUUCUUGCACUUUUUCCGUGUAUUUUAAACAAAUUUAGACCUACAACUAUCAAAAUGGCAACCACGGCCAAGCCACGCUCGGAGAUGACUCUGGAAGAGUUAGCUAAGAUUGAGGAGGAAGAAUUCAGCACAGGGCCUCUGUCCGUGCUAACACAGUCUGUGAAGAACAAUACUCAAGUUCUGAUCAACUGCAGGAACAACAAAAAGUUGUUGGGCCGUGUCAAGGCCUUCGACCGGCAUUGUAACAUGGUUCUUGAAAAUGUAAAGGAAAUGUGGACUGAAGUGCCGAGGACUGGCAAAGGAAAGAAGGGCAAAGCUGUCAACAAAGACAAGUUUAUUUCCAAGAUGUUCCUCCGUGGAGACUCCGUCAUUCUGGUUCUAAGGAACCCCCUUGCCACCGCAGCGGGAAAGUAAACUAGCUUUAAGGUACCAAAGUCAUCUAUUGUCAAACGGUCAGACCCUGUUCUAAUCCAGUUUAACCCUUAAAUGCAUGAACUAGACAAAAAUCUUCCACAAAUUUGAAUUUUGACAUGCUGUCAAUAGAGUCAAAAAUGCAUUAUGCAUAUAUACAUCACUAUGCAUUUAAGGGUUAAACAUCUACAAAUAUGUGGUGGACAUGUAUUAUAACCAGAAAUUCCAAUAAGUUUAUUUUGAUCAACAAUUUUUGUUUUCAAUUUCCUUGUGAUUGGUUUGCGGUGGAUGCACUAGAUGUAAUUUUAUAAGUCUUAAUAUAAGGAUUAAAAUUA